AACUCCAUGAUCAAAGGCUUUUAGCAUCGAGCACAGACAUGUUCGGAAGGAGGACGCGUAGGCUUUAAUGAACCGAAUCUGCCUCCCCCCGUGCUGCUUUGUCCUCUUCAGCCUUUGUCAGCUGUGGUUUUGAGGGAAGGGGAUGAAUAUUCGCAUAGGUUAAUCUGGGACCGACUGGCACACCUCUUUUUAGUCGUCUCCUCGCUUCGAAAGAACGUAAUAUCAGUCCAGCGUUUAGUCACAGAGAGAUGUCUGAGGAUGCGCUUCAAUGCCUUAUUCAUCCGUUGUCUCUCCACGGAGCCCUCCUGUGAAUGUUUUACCCCGAGCAUGAAUGGAGCUGCUUGAGGAAAUACGACCUUUUCAUCAGUUUUAGGGAAUUAAGAACCCACUCGCCAUCUGUACACAUGAAUAAAAGCGAUAAAACGUUAUGACGGGCGUUACGGGACGACUAUGCAAAACCAUCGCGGCAUAUGGUGAUUUUUUUCUUUUGUUAACAUUUUCGUCAUGUUGUCAUACAGCUAUAUAUGAGGCAAGUAUAUCGAAGUAUUUAUUUCACUAUAUUUUCGACCAUAUUAGGUGUUUGAAAUGUUCGUGCUGGAAUAAGGGAGAAGUUGGUCACCGUUUGAUAUAAUCUACAGUCAGAUCGAAUCUGCCAAUUUUUUCUUUUUCUUUUUUUAUUUCCAACUGAAAACCGAGUUGUGUUGCACUGCGGUAAAUCAGAGCUCGACGCGCGCGGUCGUCGAAGGCUGCCUUUCAAACCUAUCAUAAAAAGCAUGCGUAUAGUAUUGUGGGAGACUGCAAUUAAUGCAUCUCUCUACAGGUGCCUGAACCGGUGCCAGUUUCUGAAAAGAACUGAUUUUGUAACCUGUCUGCAUUCUAGAUGCUGGUUUGCAUGAACCUUGGCUGAUUUCCCCAAGGGAAAAACUAAAUACCUCAGGCUUGUGAAAAAGCGUUUAGAAAGCAGUUUAGUUGAAGGGGUUUGGCUGCAUUAAAACGUGCAGUAGGUUAUCAAAGUGUCAUAUUGCAAUAAAACGAUUAAAAGACUGAUUAAGGCUUGCAUUGUGAAGCAUAGUGCAGAAUGCAAUAUUAUCUUUGCUAGAGGUUUAGAAAGAAACUCUUAUUUAAAUUAGUCAUUCACACUUGAAGUUUAUAUGUGCUCCUAAUACUGAUGCUGCAUUAUAAAUCACAUUUUAAAAGAUGAGUUCCUUUAAUUCAGACCUGGUUUAAAAUGUUAUCAAAUGUUAUAUCUAUUUUAAAAUCUCUUCAUGUCUUACUUUGUUUUUGAACUAACUCUGAGAUCUUUUUUCCCCCCAGCUGUGUCUUUGUUGAUAGGAUCAAAUCGAACUGCAUCAUCUAAAUGAAUUUACCCAGCCAUGCAAUGUUCCUGGAAGGCUGUGAUUCUGCUUGCAUUGGUGUCAAUAGCGAUCCAAUACACAGCAAUCAGGACUUUCACAUCUAAGCCUUUUCAUAUGUGCUCUGUUCCUAACCCUUUGAACUGUGGCUUGGGGCAGGAUGUGGAGUCCUUCGAUCGGAUGUGUGAUGAGUACCCAUAUUUUAAUUUCAAUUCCUCCAGGAAGACACACAUCCUCAUCUUGGCGACCACCCGAAGCGGCUCCUCUUUCGUUGGACAGUUGUUCAACCAGCAUUCAGAUGUGUUCUAUCUCUUUGAACCACUCUAUCAUGUCCAAACGACCUUUAUCCCUCACCUAUCUCACAGCAGAUAUGCUGCUGAGCGCAGAGUGAUGCUGGGAGCCAGUCGUGACCUUCUUAGAAGCUUGUACAACUGCGACUUGUAUUUCUUAGAGAGCUACAUCAAGCCACAGCCGGCAAACCAUACCACGGAUAAACUGUUUCGACGAGGAGCCAGCAAAGCACUCUGCUCCAUGCCGGUUUGUGAUGCUUUCAGCCCCAGUGAUGGCAAUAUAGAAGAGGGCGAUUGUGUUCGAAAGUGUGCCUCCCUUAACUUGACCCUCGCUACUGAAUCAUGUCGGGAAAGACGCCACAUGGCCAUUAAAACAGUGCGUAUUCCAGAAGUCAGUGAUCUUAAGGCACUGAUCGAGGACCCUCGGAUUAAUCUGAAAGUUAUCCAGCUGGUGAGGGACCCGCGUGGGAUAUUAUCUUCUCGGAUUGAAACCUUUCGGGACACAUACCGCUUAUGGCGGAUCUGGAGAGCCACAGGCCGUAAACCGUACAACUUGGAUUUGACUCAGCUCACGACAGUGUGCGACGACUUUCUGAACUCGGUGUCCACCGGCUUGAGCCGACCGCCGUGGCUUCGUGGACGGUACAUGCUGGUGAGAUACGAGGACCUGGCCAGGAAUCCACUCCAAAAAACCAAGGAGGUUUAUGAAUUCCUUGGUCUUUCUUUGGAAAAAAGUGUGGUGAACUGGAUACAUAACAACACAAGAGGCAAUAACGACGUGUCAGCAAAGCAUAAGUACGGCACAUUGAGGGACUCAGCGGCCAAUGCAGAGAGCUGGAGGUUGAAAUUGUCUCAUGACAUAGUUGAUUACACACAAACUGUUUGUCAGCACAUUUUAGACGAGCUUGGCUACAAAGCUGUCAACUCCCCAGAGGAGCUGAAAAACAUGUCGCUUUCGCUCAUUGAGGACAAAACCUUCAUACCUUUUUUGUAACAAAGGUAAUCAUGUGCUCGCACAACUAUUUUUCUACAUUUAUAUUCUUGCCUUAAUGUGAUUGACAUUUGCACUAUGAACUUCUUUUUUACUUCGGAGACUCCCUCGCAGUAACCCUAUGAUUUUCGGAACAGCACAAGAACCAAAACACUUAGCUGUGAAGAGAUCUCAACUUCACCUUGAUUGCAGUGAUUGCUUUGUUCAUUAUUUAUAUAUUAGAGCAGAGCAACACACUAUUGACAUAGAAAUUCUGCUGGUCAUUAAUUUGACAACAGUGAAUGCGAAUAUUUUUGUCGGUCAAAGAGCUCAGACUAUUCUCAAGAAAUCUUUAAUGUGGGAUUGAAAUGCUGUCAUGUAUAAUAACAGCGUGCAAUAAAAUUGUGAAUGUCACAGUCA